AUGAAAGGCCUGAGCCCCCUGCCUGUUUGGCGCGAGGAUGUGCGCUGCGAAGGACACUGCCAUCGCGGAGUUGCUGGCCCCGACCGCACAGGUGAUUUUCACCAUGGAUUUCAAACCUACUUCCGGGGCCUGAGGGCAAGCUGUGCCAAGGCAGGAUCAGUACAGGAUUCGGAAGGGAGAGGCACGAGGAGUAUCAGCUGCUCUCGCACUUUGUGA